CGAGCGCACGCUAAUGACGUGAAAGACGUCAAUUGAGCGCGCCACAGUGAACUAACGUUUCCGUUCCAAAACCCGACACUUUAAUCGACAUGGCAGCGACCGUUUCUGUGUUUAAUAGAGCAAGACGCGGCUCAAAAUUAGGCUCUGAGCAUCAAGGCGGCGACGUUAUUCAGGUGGAAGCCCGAGAGGAUGAAGAGCAGUGCAUUAAGCUGGCGGAGAUCCUUGAGCUUCUUUUGGCUGCCGGAUAUUUUCGGGCCCGCAUCAAGGGACUGUCAUCUUUUGAUAAGGUGGUCGGCGGAAUGACUUGGUGCAUCACUACGUGUAACUAUGACAUUGACGUUGAUCUUCUUUUUCAAGAAAACUCAACCAUCGGCCAAAAAAUAGCUUUGACUGAGAAAAUUGUGUCUGUUUUGCCAAAAAUGAAAUGUCCUCAUCUCCUGGAGCCUCAUCAAAUCCAAGGGCUUGAUUUUAUUCAUAUUUUUCCAGUGAUACAGUGGCUAGUGAAGCGGGCCAUCGAGACUAGAGAGCAAAUGGGCGAUUACGUGAGAGCCUACUCCAUAUCUCAGUUCCAGAAGGCCUUCAACCUUCCAGAGGAUGAAGAGUUCCAUCAAAGAAGAGGCAAGGCAGUGGGAGCAGUUCUUGAUAUCCUGGAAGUAUACAAACCACAGAGAAAAUACAGAAGGCAAAAGGAGGCAGGGGAACUACUGGAUGAGGAGUCCAAGGUUCACUCUACAUUGCUGGAAUAUGGCAGGCAAUAUGGAUUCAGCAAACAAGAUAAGUCAGGUGAAAAAAUGGCUUUGACAACGAAAGACUCUGUGAAACAGUUGUCAGAGGAAGAAGUUCAGUGGGCGGCGGAGGAGAAGCGGAUCAAAAGUCUGAUGAACACAAUGGCCGCCAUGGCCAAUCUAGAGGGCCAGCUGACAGCAAGCACAGUGGGGCAUAUUGUGGGACAACAGUCUGAAGAGAUCAAACAGAUCGCUUCUGAGUAUGCUGAGAAACACACGGAGGCAUCGGAGGACUCUUCAGAGUGGUAUGGCCCACUUCACCAACACCUCAGAGCUGUUGCCUCUCUGAACAAACAGAUCCAGCAGAUGAUUAACCAGCGUGCUGAGCUAAAAGCCCAGCAUGCCGAAGUUAAGAAAGGCUGCGAUGAAGCCAAGAUGAAGCUGACUGAGGUCACCGAGCGGUCGGAUAGACUGAUGAAUGAGGUGAUGAUUUUCGAGGACGUGGAACGUCAGGCUGACCACAACAUGCUCGAGAAGCUGAGGUCUCUGGUCACAUCGAAUGAAAACUUGAAACUUCAAGAGCAGGAGUUUCGUACCCACUGUAAAGAUGAGAUGGUCCGCCUGCAGCAGAGUAUUGAAAAUUUAAGCGCAGCAUCCGGAGUUGGUACAGAGGAGGAGAAGGAGAGAAACCAAUUGAUUGACAAACAGCAUAAUGCGGAUAGAGAGAAGCUACAGAAGGUCCGUCUGCUUAUGGCUAGGAGGAAUCGUGACAUUGCCGUUUUGCAGAGAAAGAUCGACGAAGUGCCUUCCCGUGCAGAACUUGCACAGUACCAGAAGAGAUUCAUUGAGCUCUAUUGCCAAGUUUCUGCAACGCACAAAGAGACCAAACAGUUCUUCACCUUGUAUAAUACAUUGGAUGACCAGAAAGUUUAUCUCGAGAAGGAGGUUAAUUUGCUGAAUUCCAUUCACGACAACUUCCAACAAGCCAUGUCCUCUUCAGCCGCAAAGGAACAGUUCCUCAGACAGAUGGAGCAGAUCGUGGAGGGAAUCGGACAGAGUCGUAUCAAGAUGGAGAAGAAAAAGCAGGAGAACAAAAUGAGGAGAGAUCAGCUGAACGACAAAUACCUGGAGCUGCUCGACAUCCAGAGGCUUUAUUUCCAAACCGUCAAAGACUUUCAAGAGGAAUGCCGAAAGAACGAAAUGCUGCUGUCCAAGUUGAGAGCAAAAGGAGCACCUUAGUUAUAUUGCUGGAGAUUCUGAACCGACUGACCGGGACAAGAUCUGCGGUGGGCCACCUUCCUGGAGGCGUUUCUAUGGAUAAUUCUGCAUCGACCGACUGGACCCAUCGAGUUUUGAGGAGGGUCCGCUUCUCCAAAGGAGUCUUUCUGCAGCGCUUCAUCUUAUUAAAUCGCUACUCACACUAUUCUAGUUAACAUUGUGUAGCUUCAAAUUAUGCAGCCACGUCAUCCUGUAAGAGGGAUUCCCCCGUCUUCCCCAUGGUUCUUUGUCACCUGGCUUGUGAAGCCUUGUGAGUUGUAUGUAUGCAUAUAUAAUGUAACUUCACUUGCCCCCCACCAGGCCCCCAAUCGUGAUAUUGUUCUUGUAAUAUUCAAAUCUAUAUACUGUUGGCUCAAAAAGUACCCAAAAAUGAUGUCACAGUUUCUCAAGGCUCAGGUAAUUACCAAUCACAAUUAUGAUUCAGCAAUCACGACUCACCUGUUUUCUGAAUUUGAUCAUUUGACCUUCGCAUGCCCGAAUGUUCUUGGGAUGGAUUAAAAUGGGUAGAUUUUGCUAUUUAAUUCAUAUUCGACAAACACAAUCAGAAUACCGUUUUUUGACUAGUGGGGCUGCAUCGAACAUAAUCUUGUAACAAAAUCUUGUGACUUGACUUCCCCUUUAAAACCAUACGACUAUCUUAAAAGUGUGCAACUUUGUGUCUUUAAAACAUUUAAUUCCCCCACUUUUUCCCCAAGAUGUGUUGUUUUAUUCUCAUUCUCAUAUUACAACAUUUUC